CCCUCUCUGAGUCUCCCCGCGGAGGGUGGCGGGCGGCGGGGACCCGGGCGGCGGCGGCGGGAUCGGCGGCGGGAUCGGCGGCGGGAGCAGCAUGGAUUGGGGCACUGAGUUGUGGGACCAGUUCGAGGUGCUGGAGCGGCACACGCAGUGGGGCCUGGACCUGUUGGACCGAUAUGUGAAGUUCGUGAAAGAACGCACUGAGGUGGAGCAGGCCUACGCCAAGCAGCUGCGGAGCCUGGUGAAAAAAUACCUGCCCAAGAGAUCAGCCAAAGACGAGCCCGAAUCCAAGUUCAGCCAGCAGCAGUCAUUCGUGCAGCUGCUGCAGGAGGUGAAUGACUUCGCCGGCCAGCGCGAGCUGGUGGCUGAGAACCUGACAGUGCGUGUGUGCCUGGAGCUGGCCAAGUACUCCCAGGAGAUGAAGCAGGAGCGCAAGAUGCAUUUCCAGGAAGGACGGCGGGCCCAGCAGCAGCUGGAAAACGGCUUCAAACAGCUGGAGAAUAGCAAGAGGAAGUUUGAGCGGGAUUGCCGGGAGGCAGAGAAAGCAGCCCAGACCGCCGAGCGGCUGGAUCAGGACAUCAACGCCACCAAGGCGGACGUGGAGAAGGCCAAGCAGCAAGCUCACCUGCGCAGCCACAUGGCCGAAGAGAGCAAGAACGAGUAUGCAGCCCAGCUACAGCGCUUCAACCGAGACCAGGCACACUUCUACUUUUCACAGAUGCCUCAGAUAUUUGAUAAACUGCAGGACAUGGACGAGCGCAGAACAGCCCGCCUGGGCGCAGGGUACGGGCUGCUCUCCGAGGCUGAACUACAGGUGGUCCCCAUCAUUGCCAAAUGCCUAGAGGGCAUGAAGGUGGCAGCCGAUUCUGUGGAUGCGAAGAACGACUCCCAGGUCCUUGUGGAGCAGCACAAGUCUGGCUUCUCCCGCCCCGGCGACGUGGAAUUCGAAGACUUCAGCCAGCCCAUGAACCGGGCCCCCUCGGACAGCAGCCUGGGUGCCCCCUCCGAUGGCCGGCCCGAGCUCCGAGGCUCCGGCCGCUGCCGGGCUAUGCGCUGGCCCUUCAGCAAAAAGAACAAGCCGUGCCCCCCACCCCUCUCCCCCCUGGGGGGCCCCCACUCCUCGGCUUUGCCUAAUGGACCCCCAUCCCCCCGCUCCGGCCGGGACCCCUUGGCCAUACUGAGCGAGUUCAGUAAGUCGGUUAAACCCCGGCUAGCGUCCUUCCGUAGCCUGCGAGGCAGCCGGCGGACUGUGGUGACAGAAGACUUCAGCCAUUUACCCCCGGAGCAGCAGAGAAAACGGCUGCAGCAACAGCUGGAAGAACGGAAUCGGGAGCUGCAGAAGGAGGUGGAUCAGAGGGAUGCGUUGAAGAAGAUGAAAGAUGUCUAUGAGAAGACACCCCAGAUGGGGGACCCCGCCAGCCUAGAGCCCCGAAUCACAGAAACUCUGAGUAACAUUGAAAGGCUCAAGCUGGAAGUUCAAAAGUAUGAGGCUUGGUUGGCAGAAGCUGAAAACCGGGUUCUAAGCAACCGUGGGGACAGCCUGGGACGGCAUGCCCGGCCCCCUGACCCCCCAGCCAGUGCUCCCCCAGACAGCAGCAGCAGCAGCAGCUCCCAGGAAAAUAAGGAAAGCUCUGAGGAGACGCCCUUAGAAGAGGGCCAGGACACCCCUAUUUACACUGAGUUUGAUGAAGAUUUUGAGGAGCCUACAUCCCCCAUUGGCCAGUGCGUGGCCAUUUAUCAGUUUGAAGGGUCCAGUGAGGGUACCAUUUCCAUGAUGGAGGGUGAAGGACUCCUGGUGAUGGAAGAAGAUAAAGGAGACGGCUGGACACGGGUCAGGCAGAAAGAGGGAGGCGAGGGCUACGUGCCCACCUCCUACCUCCGAAUCACACUCAACUGAACCCCGCCUGGCCCGGGGAAGAAGGGGGGCUGUCGGCUGCUGCUUCUGGGCCACGGGGGGCCCCCAGAACCUAUGCACUUUAUUUCUGCCCCUCGUGGCUUCCGCUAAGAUCUGUGUAACCUGCUGGCCCCGCCCCGUCCACCCGUCACCCCUCCGUGGCCCCGCUGUGCCUUCCAGCCUGGAUGUAACAUACUUAGGUUCCCAGUCCUUUCUUCCUGUCACUUGGCCUGGGCUGUUUUUGUUUUAUAUAAAAAGUUAUAUCAAAUACCUGGGAGUGUGUGCCUUAUCCUCAGGUGCUUAAGAUACCUGGGUUCAGUCCUUCGAUAUUAACCUCCCCUGUUUCAGGCCAGAGGGAACGAGGAAAGGGAAGUGAGCCUGGGCCCACUGGUGCUUUCCUGGGAGUGACUUAUUUGUAAGCUCCAGGAAAGAAAUCGGCCUGCUGAGAACAGGUUGUGUUUAUUGAGCACCUACUGCAUGCCCAGCAUACACUGAGUUUUCAUUCCAGCCACAAUCCCUAGAAAGCACUUUUAAGGUAGAAGGCUGGCACAGAGAGGUCAGGUGAUUUGCUGGGAGGCCACACAGCUUUUCAGAGACAGGGAAUUUGAACUGGGAUACCAGAUCUGCAGACUUCAUGUUUGCCAGGUGUCCCUGUGAAGGGUACGGCAUGGAGAUGGCAUCUAGGUACCUGGAUGGCUCUAGGGCAUCUGCAUAUUUUAAGAGGCAGUUUCUUACCUACUUUUUUUUUUUUUUUGGGUGGGGUGGCCCUGGAAGUGUGGGUGUCCCUAAGGUAAAGAGGG